UCUGGGCUCCCCCCUGGGUGGGUCCACCACUUUCCCUUCUCCAGCCAUCUUGCACGACACAUCCAUUUUGGGAUCCACUUCCGAGUUCGAAUCAUGGCCGCCCCACUGGAUCAAGCCAUCUGUAUGUUGGUGGCCGUCUUCCACAAAUAUUCGGGCAAGGACGGAGACAAGAGCAGCCUCAGCAAGAAAGAAUUGAAGGAACUGAUCCAGAAGGAGCUCACCAUCGGUUCGAAAUUGCAGGACAAAGAGAUCCAGGGACUGAUGGAGGAUUUGGAUCGGAACAAGGAUGAGGUGGUCAAUUUCCAGGAAUACGUUGCGUUCCUCGGCGCUUUGGCCAUGAUUUACAACGAGGCUUUGACCUGCUAGGAUGGACUGACGGGGAAACGUGGGGAGGGGGGCUGAAGUGAAACCAGCCCCUCGGGGAGAAAGGGUUGGUUACCCAAUUUAAGAAGGAAAAAAA